GCAGAUAAAAUGAUGGGAAGUGCAAUUCUUUGGUGGAGCAGCUUAUCUGUCAGACUCUUGUUUGUCUGUUGGCUGUGUGCAUCAGUUGGAAAGCAAUGUCAGAUCCGAAAUGAAAUGGCUGACUGCAGUCACCUAAAGCUGACUCAAAUUCCCUCAGAUCUUCCAAGCAAUAUAACGGGUUUGGACAUUUCUCAUAAUCAGCUAAAACAUCUGGGUCCUGCGAAUCUGACCAAAUACAGCCGACUGGUUUACUUGAAUGCAGGCUACAACAUCAUCUCUAAACUGCAACCAGAAUUGUGUCAAUAUGUGCCCCUAUUGCAGAUUCUGAAGUUAGAACAUAAUGUAUUGAAUAAGCUCCCUGACAGAGUCUUUGCUUCCUGCGCCAACCUGACUGAGCUCAAACUAGGAUACAACAGACUAAAUAUAAAAAAUGAUAUUUUCAAACCCCUGGAGAACUUGAAUAUUUUGGACCUAUCUCAUAAUUCUUUGAAGUCGGCCAAUUUAGGAUUGGAGCAACAGUUGAAGAACCUUCAUGAGCUCAUGUUGGGUAGCAACCAAAUCACUGAAUUAAAAAAAGAUGACUUUGGUUUUCUUAGCAACACCUCAUUGAAUAGCCUUGAUUUGUCAUCAAAUCCACUGAAAGAGUUUCAUAUGGGAUGUUUACAAACAAUUGGAAAUCUGUUUGGCCUCAUACUGAACAAUGUUGAACUUGGUGAAAAUGGCACAAAGAAACUUUGUACGGAAUUAUCAAACACAGCGAUUCAGAACCUCUCGCUGAGCUAUGUGAAACUUUCAUACGUUGGGAAGUCAACUUUCCAGGGACUGCAAGGAACAAAUCUUACAAUUUUAAACCUUUCCCAAAAUUCUCUGUCUGUGAUAGAAGAUGACUCAUUUCAGUGGCUUUCAAGUUUACAAUACUUAAACCUGAAGCAUAAUAAUAUUCAUGUAUCUUCACGUUCAUUUUAUGGAUUAUCCAGUCUUAAACAUCUGAAUCUCAUAAAUUCACUUACUGAGAAAAUAGAAGAUUUUUCCUUUCAGUGGUUAUACCACCUGGAGUACCUUAUAAUGGAUAAUAACAAUUUUCCAGGAAUUACUGCUAAUAUGUUUACAGGUCUGAACAACCUGAAAUACCUGAGCCUCUAUAACUGCAACAUAAACUUACAAAGAAUAACUAAUAAAACAUUUUCAUCACUUGGUAAUUCCAGUUUGCAGGUUCUCAACCUCACAAAAACCAGAAUCUCUACAAUAGAAAGUGGGGCAUUUUCUUCCUUGGGACACCUGAAAAUGCUUGAUCUUGGUCUCAAUGAAAUUAGUCAACAGCUCACAGGUCAUGAGUUUAAAGGUCUCUAUAAUAUACAAGAUAUUUAUCUUUCUUAUAAUAAAAACUUGACUUUGCGAAGUGAAUCAUUCAUUUUUGUCCCAAGCCUUAGAAAACUGAUGCUAAGGAAAGUAGGUUGCAGUAAUCUGGCACUUUCUCCUUCGCCUUUUCAUCCUCUACAAAAUCUGACUGUCCUGGACAUCAGCAAUAACAACAUAGCAAACAUAAAAGAAGACUUGUUUGAUGGACUUGACAAACUUGUCUUACUGGAUUUGCAGCACAAUAAUUUAGCUCGACUUUGGAAAUGUGCAAAUCCAGGUGGCCCUGUUCUUUUUUUAAAAAAUCUUCCCAAUUUGCAAAUUCUUAAUUUAAAAUCAAAUGGGCUUGAUGAAAUUCCAGUUCAGGUUUUCAAGGGUCUGUUUCAAUUAAAACACUUGGAUUUAGGAUCGAAUAAUUUGAAUUUGCUUCCAGCAACUCUGUUUGAUGACCAAGCCUCUCUGAAUUCAUUGAACCUUCAGAAAAAUCUGAUAACCUCAGUUGAAGAAGAAGUAUUUGGCCCACCUUUCAAGAGCUUGAGAAAACUAGAGAUGGAUUCCAACCCUUUUGAUUGUACCUGUGAAAGCAUUGCUUGGUUUGCUGAUUGGCUUAAUAUGACCCAAGUAGAUAUACCUGGACUACGGUCUCAAUACAUUUGCAAUACCCCACCUAAAUAUCACGGUAGUCUGGUUUUGUAUUUUGAUAGCUCGGCCUGCAAAGACAGUGCUCCAUUUAAACUUCUUUUUGUGAUCUCUACCACUAUUGUGAUGCUACUCAUUUUUAUUGUCCUUACCAUCCAUUUUGAAGGGUGGAGAAUAGCUUUCUACUGGAAUAUUUUAGUAAAUCGAAUACUUGGUUUUAAAGAACUUGACAGACAACAGGAAGAGUUUUAUUAUGAUGCCUACGUUAUUCAUGCAAGAGAGGACAAGAACUGGGUGUCUAAAAAUUUCAUUUCUCUGGAAAAAAAUAACCAUUUUGAAAUUAGGUUUUGUUUAGAAGAACGGGACUUUGAAGCAGGCAUAUCUGAAUUUGAAGCCACAAUUAACAGUAUAAAAAUGAGCAGGAAGAUUAUUUUUGUUGUGACUGAACACCUCUUACAGGAUCCCUGGUGUAAAAAAUUCAAGGUGUAUCAUGCUCUUCAGCAAGCUAUUGAGCAAAGUCGGGACUCCAUCAUCCUGAUCUUUCUUCAUGAUAUCCAAGAUUUCAAGUUGUAUCAUGCACUUCACCUGAGAAGAGGAAUGUUCAGAUCUCGUUGCAUCUUGAACUGGCCAGCCCAGAGAGAACGAGUCAGUGCAUUUCAUCAGCAAUUAGUGAUGGCACUUAAAUCUAGUAGUAAAGUGCACUGAUUUUUUUGAAAGUACAGAUUUGAAUUAUGGGGUCAUUUUAUUGUAUAUUUUCUAUCACUAGAAAACUAACAAGCCUUCA